CGACACACACCAUGACCUGCUGACAUCAUCACACAUCCCCUUUUACUCUCCUAAAAAAUGGCUUCGCCCAGCUGGUUUUCACCGUGGCGACGGUCGCUGCUGCUUAUCCUUGCUACCUGUUUCCUGUCUGAGUUCGCCUCCAGCACGCACUUCCCCAGAGACCUGGAGCCAAUAAGUGUGGUCGGCUCGGCACAGGCGUACCAGUUUCCAGGCUUCCAGGGUCUGCUUCAGGACAACGACACCCUGCGUCUGGGUCUGGACUUUCAGAGGCUGCUGCGCAUCAACCACAUGCUGUACAUCGCUGCCAGGGAUCACGUGUUUGCAGUGAACCUGACGACAGCUUCAGAAGAGUUUUUUCCCUCACUGAAGCUGACAUGGCGAUCUGAAGACGUCAGCAAGUGUACGGUCAGAGGAAAGAAUAGCGACGAGUGCUACAACUACGUCAAAGUGCUGGUGCCGCGAGAUGACGAGACGCUGUUCGCCUGCGGUACCAACGCCUUCAACCCCACCUGCAGGAACUACAAGAUGGCGUCCCUGGAGCAGGUGGGGGAGGAAGUGGUGGGUCAGGCCCGCUGUCCCUUUGAGUCUGGGCAGUCCAAUGUGGGACUGUUUGCAGGCGGAGACUUCUACUCGGCCACCAUGACGGACUUCCUGGCCAGCGACGCCGUCAUCUACCGCAGCCUUGGGGAUGGCCGGCCCGUCCUCAGGACCGUCAAGUACGACUCCAAGUGGCUCCGAGAGCCUCACUUUCUGCAUGCCAUCGACUACGGUAACUACGUAUACUUCUUCCUCAGUGAGAUCGCUGUGGAGUACACCGCCCUGGGCAAGGUGGUGUUUUCUCGAGUCACCCGGGUCUGUAAGAACGAUAAUGGAGGAUCUCCCAGAGUUCUGGAAAGAUACUGGACUUCUUUUCUCAAGGCUCGUCUGAACUGCUCGGUUCCUGGAGAUUCGUUCUUCUACUUCGACAUUCUUCAGUCCCUCACCAACGUGCUGCAGAUUAACCAGAGGCCCGCUGUGGUGGGGGUCUUCACCACGCAGGAUAACAGUAUUCCUGGCUCAGCAGUCUGUGCGUUCUACAUGGACGACAUAGAGAGCGUCUUCGAUGGGAAGUUCAAGGAGCAGCGGACCAGCGACUCCUCCUGGACUCCAGUCCCUGAGGAGCAGGUUCCCAGACCCAGGCCCGGUACAUGUACCGGUGAUGGUCCGGCUGUGGACUACAAAUCAUCGGUUCAGUUACCUGACGAGAUGCUGAUGUUUAUCAAGUCGUACCCUCUGAUGGACGAAGCUGUUCCAUCUGUGAACCACCGGCCCUGUUUCACCAGGACUUCAAGCAGGUCCAAGCUGAGCCAGAUAGUGGUGGAUGUGUCUGCCGGGCCGUACAAGGACCGCACAGUGAUGUUCCUGGGUUCAGACGAUGGUCGAGUCCUGAAGCUUCUUUCCAGCACACAUCCUAACGACAGCUUCGGAUCCAAACUGCUAGAGGACAUACAUGUCUACAAUCCAUCCAAGUGUAAUGUUCAGGGUCAGGAGGACAGAAGGGUUCUGGCUCUGGAGCUGGAUAAGGAGCGCCAUGCGUUGUUCGUGGCGUUCAGCAGCUGUGUGAUCAGAGUGCCGCUCAGCCGCUGCAGCCAGCAUGGAGCCUGUAGAAGAGCCUGCCUGGCCUCCCGUGACCCAUACUGCAUCUGGCUGCGCACCGGGAGCUGUGCCAACAUGGCGCCAGGUUUCAAGGCCGGGUUUGAACAGGAUAUUGAAGGUGACCACUUGUUUCAUCAGGACAGCUGUCAUGUUAAUGUGUUGGCAACUGUACGGAACCAGGAGUCUGCGGCUGACUCAGCCUAUGGUGUCCGUGGUUUUCCAGAUAUGGAGCAUGCUGCUGCUAACGUCCACUACACCCUGCUGCUGGCCUGCGUGUUGGUGGCCUUCUCGCUGGGCGCCAUCUUGUCGGGCUUCCUGGUGUCGUGGUACUGCAGCCGCAGCGCCACUCAGCAGGCCAGGAGGAUGGGGAAAGACCCCGAGGUCCCGCACACCUUAUCUCUACGGUCCCUCGCCAAGCUCAACGGACUGCUGGACGGACAGGAGGACAAACAUGACGUGUCCAUCCUGAAGAUGUACAGCUCCUUUAUCCCCAACGGCGGCGCAGAGCCUCACCUCAACACCCCUGUGCACCCGGGCCUGCCGCUGGGAGACCCCGAGCUCAGCCUCUCCCAGUCUCUGUCUCAGGGAGAUGGAGAUCUGUCCGGCCUGCCCACACCUGUCUCCACCCCCGAGCUCCCCAUCAAGAACAUGAAGGCCCUGCGGCACCAUCAGUAUGAGAGGAACCAGAACUGCAACAACGCGGCGGACAGCAGCCACAAACCUACGCCGUGUGGCUCCACAUCCAGUCUGGGUUUCAUGGCUGUUGUCAGGAACUCUAUGACACAGCAGGUGUUCCCCUUCUCUCAUCACCAUGGCAACAGUUUGAACAAUGUAGCAGCACAUGGAGCCGCUACCUCUUCAACUUCACUGCAUCUGCCUGAUGAAAGGAACAUCUUGAAUGAUGAGCAGGCAGCAGAAGGCAGAGGACUACCUCAUCACCACCUCUCCCAGCAGUCCCUGCCCCAGAGAGGGGGGGAGCAGUCCGCGCUGGACGAGCUCCUCAAACACAUCCACGAGGUGAGCGCGUCAGGAACCGGUGGCAUCAAGGUGCUCACCUCCACUUCCUCAUCUGGAGCACAUCAUCUUAAUCACCACCCUUAUUAUAAUAAUAAUCCCCACAGCCAGACCAGCACCCACUACUACAGCCACAGCCAUCACCAUAGCAACCACCACAACAAUAACAGCAGCAACGGCGUUCACCAUCAGCAGCAGCAGAUCCCUGAGAACGACCCAGCUCCAUAUUACAGCACCUCCACUCUGCCAAGGGAUGCUCCCACUCAGAACUCCUCCUCUUCUGCUUCUUCUUCCUCGUCAUCCUCUGACAACCCCACCUCUUCCACCUCCAUCCAGUCAUCCAACUCUACUUCCUCCUCAACGGCACUCCAGCAGCAGGUGAUUCCAGAAAGACCAGGAAGAACAAGUGUCUCAGUCACACGCCACCACUCCCAGCGCCACUUGCUCAUUAAGAUGGGCAGCGGGGGCCGUGCCGUGCCGCGUCACCACAGCUUCAACCAACGGACGCCGCAGCAGGCACACUUUUUGGCCAGGAUGAACACCAACAGCAGCAGCAACGGCCCUCCAGGCGACAGCAUGGCGGCCGACAUGAGCAGAAAUGCCUGUUGCGAGAGGCAGGGGCCUCCAGUCGCCAGCGCCUGCCUGACGCGGCAGCACAGUUACAGUGAAGGGCCACAUGUGCAGCGGGCGGCAACCGUCCGGAGAACACUCUCGCUUAAACCCGAGGUCCCGCCAAAACCGCUGUUCCUUCCAAACACAGCAACAUCAUCAAUGGCAGAGGCAUUCAGAUACUGAGACUGUAGGAGGCUUCUUCAGUCAGCACUUUGAAUUGUCUGCAGGGAGUGUGAGAUAUUGCUAAAUUGAUGCAACGAAAGACACAAAAGAGUCCUAAUUAAAACCCCUUCAGUUGUGGUUACUUUGCUGUUGCUUCUCUUAGUCCAAACCCCAGCACUGUGACUGCUUUGCUCACAAAGAAGAGACUCUGAGGAUCGACCGGCAAACAAGAUCUUCAAAUAAAGCACGAGGGGACUGCUAAUGGCAACCUUCUCCUCACCACAGACUGCGGAUAAAAACUGGCGAGUCUGAAAAACAUUCCAGAAGCAGAGUGAAAGAUGUUAAUGAUUUAAUACAAAUCCAUGAUUAAUGCAGUUUUCUUAUGAGCGCUUUGAUAUGCUGUCCGGAUUGCACCUUGGCACAGCGCCGGAUUUGAUUUGCAAAGAUUAAUAAAGUAGGGAAUUGUACUGUUGCGGCCCUAACAUGAACUGAAUCUGGGACUGUGGGAGUGUUCACUCUCCUUUUCUGUGAUUGGUACAAACCCACUGAAAUUAGGUUUUUGUUAUCAUGUUCGAUGGAGCUUUUAGAACAUCAACACAUCAGCAUAGGAAAAAGACGGUUCUGCUUCAUGAGCUGUAGUCAAAAAUGUAAAUAUGGGGAUCCAGUUAAGAGCAGCUGCCACUGAUAGUACAUAGUGAGUCCAUAUUGGGAUCUGAGACACAAUUACAACCUAAAUGGAGCGUUGGAUGUUAACUUAAAGGGGACCUAUCAUGCAAAAUGCACUUUUUGUAUGUCUUUAUACAUAAAUAUGUUCCCGAUGUGGAGAUUUGUCACAUUUUUCAUGGGCGAAACCCAUACUCAGCUCUGCUGCUCAUCCCACAAAUGCAUGUUCGUCACAAAUGUGGCACCAUUUAAAAGGGAAAUAAACAAGCUUUCCAGUGGUAUAAGAUGUAUUGCCAAGAAGCAUUGUUACAACAAAGGAAUAAUCUACCAAACACAGAUUUCCUUACUUUUUGUGUUUAAAUGACUUAAUUGAUUUUCUUACUAAUAAAUAUUAAUAUUUAAUGUAUAAUUGUUCUCAAAUUACAAAAUGUGCCCACUCUCUUUUGCAUUUGCCUUUAUCUAUCAAGAGCUUCCAAAGCUCAGAGCUGACUCUUUAUAAUGUGAUCUAUAAGAUAUGUUUAAAAAUAUGUUAAAAUGUAUAAAACUGCAUUAAAUCCAAGAGGCUGUUA